GCGACGCCUAUGGAUAUGUGAGGCGUCUGGCGGUUGGCGGGUCGCUAGUUUCAUGGCACCGUUCGUUUUUCGAACGCCACGAAGUAGAUAACAUAGAAACGCAAAGCAGGGCCGAGUAGUUGAGUAACUUGAGGGAAUUUGGAAUUCUCAAAAUGAAAAUAGACUAUAAUCACGUGUAUGGUUAUAUGUAUGACACAAGUGCAACUGUUUUUGUUUAGAAAAGUUAAACUUUUCACCCCGAAAAUUAUUCUAAAUUUCAAUGACAAUAUCGUUUAAUUAAUAUCAUAAUAAUAAUGAAAUAAUUUCGAAAAUGUUACAAAGAAAUUUUCAAAAAGUUUCUUUACAACGAAGAAAUUUAUUUGACUUUUUCCAAUCGAGUAAAAAGUCUCCAAAGUUGGGACCUAAUGAGAAAAAUAAUUCAUUUGGCAAAUAUGACAUCGUUGAGCCGUGGACGGUUUCUGAACGAAGAACAGUGCCAUCUUAUAUACCAAAACCAUCUUAUGCACAGUCUUCGAUUCCUCGCGAAUCACCAAAAUUUGAAGAAGUUAAAGACGAAAAUCAAAUAGAAGCAAUGAGGCACAGUUGCCUUUUGGCAAAACGAAUUCUAAAUCAAAUUCACGCUCUUAUAAAGCCAGGUGAGACGACAGAUUCAAUUGAUGGAAAAGUUCACGAACUUAUAAUUUACAAUACUGCCUAUCCAAGUCCAUUGAAUUAUCGAGGGUAUCCAAAAUCAAUUUGCACUAGUAUUAAUAAUGUUGCCUGCCAUGGAAUACCGGACAGUCGACCACUUAAAAAUGGAGACAUACUCAAUGUUGACAUAACUGUGUUUUUGAAUGGUUAUCACGGUGACUGUUCGACAAUGUUUCAAGUUGGAUCAGUAGAUAGCGAAGGAAAACGCUUAAUUUCCGCAACAGAAAUUUGUCUAAUGGAAGCAAUAAAAAUUUGCAAACCUAAUGAAAAUUUCAAGAACAUUGGAAGCGUUAUUCAAGAGACUGCCGAGAAACAAGGAUUUGGAAUAAUUCCAGCCUUUGCUGGUCACGGAAUUGGAACCUAUUUUCAUGGUCCUCCGGAUAUUUUUCAUUGCCUAAACGAAGUGGAGGGGCAAAUGCAACCAGGAAUGACUUUUACAAUUGAGCCAGUUUUAACUCAAGGAGGUCCUGAAAUUGAAAUUUUAGAAGACGGUUGGACUGCUGUCACUACUGAUAAUGCAAGAACCGCUCAAUGCGAGCACACAAUUUUAAUUACCGAAACAGGCUGUGAUAUUCUUACUUUGUAGGAAAAUUUAGAAAAUUCAAAUAAAAAUUUUUAAUAACA